AAACAGAAUGUUGAACAUUACGUGAAGCCAAGUAAAGCCAAGCUGUAUGGCUCUGCAAAAAUGGACGACGGGUUGUCGUCCCUUCUCCGGGAUGCUUCGUGAUUUAAAACGGAGGCUGCGCUACUACAAAUCAGAUUGGACAGAUGCUUGGGAUUAUCGUGUCCUUCCAGCAAGUAUCAAUAUUUACUUUGCAAAUUUGCUACCUGAAUUGGCGUUUGCGUUGGACAUGUUCAGGAAGACAGAUAACAACUUUGGCGUAAAUGAAGUUCUGUUGGCAAGCGUCUUGGGUUCUGUCGUCUUUGCUUUGUUUUCUGCUCAACCCUUGUGCAUCACAGGUGUCACCGGUCCCAUCACCGUUUUCAAUUAUACCAUUUACGAGAUAAUCCGUGAUCGCGAUACUCCAUACUUCCCGUUUAUGUUUUGGAUAUGUUUCUGGUCUAUGAUUAUGCACAUGUUUAUUGCCAUUACUAAUGGCGUCAAUUAUCUGAAACAUAUUACAAGCUUCAGUUGUCAGAUCUUUGGCUUUUAUGUGGCAUUUAUUUAUUUACAGAAAGGUAUACAAAUACUGAUCAGUCAGCAAGACCGGGGACUUACGGAUCUGUUUUUAUCGGUCGUAGUUGCAUUGCUUGUGCUAUUUUUUGGUUAUGGUUGCAACAUACUCGGAAAAUCAAAUCUCUUUAAGCAUCAAAUUCGAGUUUUUCUGCUCGAUUAUGGCUUAUUGGCGGUUGUCAUUUUCUUCAGUGGAUUCCAGCACAUGGGCAAGAUGAAAGAGGUUCCUUUAGCAAGACUUCCCACAUCAAAAGCGUUUGAACCAUCGGAACACAGAAGUUGGUUGGUUCAUUUCUGGCGUAUAUCUGUGGGCGAUGUUUUCCUCGCAAUACCUUUUGCAAUUGUACUGACCAUUUUAUUUUAUUUUGAUCACAAUGUCUCUUGUAUCAUGUCCCAGUCUCCCGAAUAUCCUGUUAAGAAGCCUUCUGGCUUUCAUUGGGACUUUUUCUUGCUGGGUAUAACGACGGGCAUUAGUGGUCUACUGGGCAUUCCUGCACCAAAUGGCCUUAUUCCUCAGGCUCCAAUGCACACGGAAUCACUUUGUGUAACACGAGUGCAAACUGAAACAGAAGCUGGGGAGAAGCACAAGCCCAUGAUUAUUAUGGACCGUGUGGUUGAACAACGAGCCAGCAACCUUAUACAAGGUUUACUUACUUUGGGCACUAUGACGGGACCAUUUUUGGUCGUUUUACGGCAAAUUCCACAGUGUGUCCUAGCUGGUCUUUUUUGGGUUAUGGGCUUUUCUGCUAUCGAAGGCAAUGCGAUAACGCGAAAUCUCCUAUGGGUUUUCGGGGACAAAAGACUCAUUCCGGAGGACCAUCAGCUUAACGGCUGUGUAAAGCGAAGCAGCCCAUAUUAUUAUACGCUAUAUCAGUUAAUUGGAUUUGGGUGCAUCUUCGCUAUUACACAGAUUCCCAAAGCAUCCAUUGGCUUCCCUGUCGUCUUAAUGAUUUUAAUACCUUUUCGAAAGUACUUUAUGGAAAAGUGGUUCGUCAAGGAAGAUUUGGAAUUGCUUGAUUCACCAGUCGGCGAAAUGAUUUACUCUUGAUUUAUUCAACAUUUCAUCCACUCUUUCACACCGUCUGCAUCAUUCUGUUUCUCUUUUGUUUAUUUUGGCAUUUUUUUUUAACAUAAAAAGCAUGUGUAUAUAUCCGAAAUGUUAUAAUCUUAAGGCGUUUUUUUUCUCUAUAAUAGUCAUUUUACCAAGAAUUCCAUCGAAUUAGGUAUAGUUUGUAACGUGAAAUUACAUUUCGGACAGCUUUCCUUGGAAGUCCUUCUAUAAUCGAUAUUGUUUGCAAAGCAUGUCGUCCAUUAAAAUACUUUGCA